CAAACUAGAAGAAGCGGAAGCGACGCAGUCCUUCGUAGUUUGCUGCCGUUGCUAACUCGCUAGCAGCUCAUGUUGUACUUUGUCCAACAGUUAAAAUGAAUAAACAGCAGGAGGACCCGUAUGAGCUCGAGGAGCCGAGCGACGAGGAGAGAGCUGAGAGCAGCUCAGAGGACGAGCUGGACGUGCUGCUGAACGGGACCCCCGAGCAGAAGAAGAAGCUGAUCCGAGAGUAUCUGACGGGGGAGAGCGAGUCGUCCAGCGGGGAUGAGUUUGAGAAGGAGAUGGAGGCGGAGCUCAGCUCCACCAUCAAGACGCUGGAGGGAACCUGGGCGCCGUCUACCGCAGCAGACACCACAGGACGAGGCGGCAGCGGUCCUGGACUUCCGAACCCUCAGAUGUACGAUGAAGUGUACUUCGACUCUGACUCCGAGGGCGAGGACGCGCCGAGCAGCGCCGCUGGCGGGAGGCGGAGACAGCGCGUCAUACUGACCAAUGACGAGCUGCUGUACGACCCCGACAAGGACGACCGGGACCAGGCCUGGGUGGACGCCCGGAGGAGACGGUACGAGGUCAGAAAGUGGCCCGCUGCGGGGUCUCGGUCGCAGCCUCGGACGUCCCAGAGUUUACCGAGCAGCGACGCCGUCCUCAACUGUCCCGCCUGCAUGACCACGCUCUGCCUGGACUGUCAGAGGCAUGAAAAGUACCGGACGCAGUAUCGAGCCAUGUUCGUCAUGAACUGCGCGGUGAAGAAAGACGAGGUGUUGCGCUACAAAACGCAGCAGGAGGUGAAACCGAAGAACAACAAGAGGAAGAGGCGGUCGGGACAGACAACAGAAACGCCCAUGGACGUGACUCCGGACCCGGCGCCGGCUGGGAUGGACGCCGACGAGGUUUACCACCCGGUCCAGUGCACCGAGUGCUCCACGGAGGUGGCCGUGUUCGAUAAAGACGAGGUCUACCACUUCUUCAACAUCCUGGCCAGCCACUGCUGAGACACACAGGCAGGCUCUGAAAUUAACUGUUUGACUCACUGGCCAAGCUGGCAGACCGAUGAGAAAGUUCAGCGGCCAAGCAUCUUUUUUUAUCCAGCCAAAAUAAUAAAUUGGGUUUUCUUUGUAACAUCACAACACUUUCUGUGUGGGGUUGCAAGUCCUGCUGGUCCAUCCUCUGGUUUUAACGUGCUUUCUUUUGGAAAGCUGGCUGCCAAAAUCUCCACAUACUGGCUAAUUAAUUAGUGGUGGCUGGCGUUCCAAAGCGGACUAAAAACAGAC